AUGCAACCAACCACCGCAUCAAACAAGGGAAAAGGUGAAGAUGCUGAUAAGAAGAGACUUCGCAAUCGCCUGGCGCAACGAGCAUUUCGUCGGCGACAGGCAGAUCACUUGAGAGCAAAGCAAUCUCACGUCAAUUCGAAAGACCAGCCUCAAGAUGUAACAAUUCGAAAACUGCAAGCGGAGAACAGCGCCCUGCGCAGAAGCCUCAUCGAAGUGGAAGCAAAACUCGCGCGGUUUACGGCCAAUAUACAGUCUUUGUCUGCAACGGUGUCGGACGCUCUUGCUGAUCCUUCUUCAGAGAAGCCUUUAGAGGAAUCGACACCUUCUCGCCAUGAUCUCUCGGACGAUCGGACUAGCCUCAAGGAACCUGUGUCCAGCGAAAGUCCAGACUUGUCAUCUGGUUUCGAUUCAGCACCGGAUCAUUGUAUAAUAGACCUAGAUCUCACUGCUUUGCCGGGGACAGAUCUUGCUCGGAAACCAUCUUUUCAACCAAUGGACGAUUGCAACCCCGACCUCAAUCUUGUUGAAACUUUCGACGAUCUGGCGCAACAAAUCCCGAGUCUCUGGUCUUUUGAGUACCAAAUGGGUCCCGAGUCAUAUGUCAACGCGUUGACGAGAAGUCAAGACUCAAGUGUUGUCCUUGGUCGAGGAUGGACAGAUUCCAACUCCCCUUUCUCAGAUCACAUUCAGGUUCUCCAACAUCUUAUGAACCAGAAAAUGAGUUAUAUGAUGCCGCCCUCCGGGCUAAAACUAAACCUCUUUUAUCAAGAAGUGUUGAUGAUCCUCGCCCUGUUCAACAGUAUGACCCGUCCAGACGUCAUGCGAUGGUAUGCUAAGACGCGGUUCUACCACAUUGUCAACUUGACGGCCUGGCAGGUCUACCCAUGCCCUCAAACAUUCGAUUCAAUCCACCCCCAGUACAAACCCACAGAGCUCCAACUACAGCGUCACUAUCCCACCGUGAUCGACUGGAUCCCGUUUCCAUCUAUUCGCAAUCGUCUGAUCCGACUCCACGCCGCCAACCCCAAAAUCGAUCAAAUAUUCUGUGACGUUGUGAGCAGCUAUGUCGUGGAAACGUCGAUGUCCGAGUUGAUCGCCGGGGGACCGACAGUAAAAGCCUACAUUCGAGUGACCGAUCUCGCCGCGAAGAUUGACGUCUCGGCAUCGUCAUCCCACACCGACUGCGACGCAGCAGUCAGCGCCAGCCUCCCAGCCCCUGAUCUGGCUACUUUGUUCGCGUCCCCGGAAUACUGCCAGGUGGCGUUCAACUAUCUCAAUAUGAACCGGGGGAUCUCGCAUUACAAAAUCGACCCCGCGUUAUUCGCAACGUAUCCGGAGCUUUACGACCCCGAUGCAGAUGUCUCUGCGGAAGGCAUUCCACUCCGCCCGGAGGUGCAGGCGUCGCUUACGUACCCAAUUCCUCUCGAUGGCCAAACCUUUCAGACAUAUCGGAAUUUCAUUGAUUAUUCCCACGAUUGGUCGUUUGUCAUCUCGGGGGAUCUGGGCUGA